UAGCAACCUUGUUUUAAAGAGAAAAUCUAUAUUUACUAACAAUGAUUUAGAAAUAAGUUUCAAAUAAAAACGAAUCCAUUAUUAUUGUAUAGUACUUAAUGACAAACCUUAAAGAACAGGUACUACUGAUACCGUUUACAUAAACAUAUUUGUUUAUUGUAGGAUAUGGAAGGUUACAGAUGUGACGUUUGCGGGAAAAGGUUUGCAAGGGAGGAUAAUCUUGCACAGCACAGAAAAAAGCAUAAUCUGUCUCAAUGUCCAGAUUGUCCUCAAGCCUUUACAACAGAGAAUAAUUUAGAAUUACAUCGCUAUCACCGUCAUGGUCAAUCUGGAAGCGGGAAAAAGAGAACAAACGAAUCUCCUCAAUCCGGACCUUCAAUGAAAAGACGAAUUACCAAGAUGGAUGACCCUACAGAAAACUACAGAGUUACUCCUCUUGGUGAACAAAAAAUGCGGAAAUUUAACACCACGGCAAACAGAUAUCGAGUGCACUUUCAAGACCUGGAAAUCAGGAAUCUACCUAAUAUUUUACAAAGUCUGCGUCGCCUCUUUUCCUCGAUGAUUAAAGAUUUGACAGGAUUCAUGGACUCCAGAGACUUAAUCGCUUAACUGUGCAUUGUCCAGAGCUGGAUUACCCCAUAAGUUUACCCUUCAUGCGGGUUGCGCAGCUAUCGGCGGAUCGUCUUCUCACCGAAACAGAGCGUGUGCUGCAGUCUUAUGAAGAAUUUGUCGUAGAUCAGUCAUUAGAAAUUGAACUGAUCCAUGUCAAACUGCCCUCUGGAAAAGGACAUAAAAAGAAAAGCUGCGUUGACCUUGAAAAGUCGCUGAAAGAAAAGAGAAGCUUCAUCAAGAUUAUCAAUAGAGACCAUUUAUGUUGUGCAAGAGCCAUUGUGACGGCCAAAGCUAGAAUUGACAACCAUCCAAAAUGGAAUUCGAUACGAACAGGUUUAAGUAUACAGAGAACCCUGGCCGAAGACUUGCACAAAAUUGUCAAUGUGCCUUUACGGCAGUGCGAUUUGGAUGACGUGAAGGCCUUUCAGUUGACGUUGCCUGGAUACCAGAUCCACGUUGUCUCUAAAGAUUGUUUCAAUGCCAUCGUGUACCAAGGCCCAGAUGCAGAGAAGAAGAUCUACUUGUAUCAUCACAACAAUCAUUAUGAUGUAAUCACUACGAUGUCGGGGUUCUUAAACAGAAAUUAUUUCUGUCAGAAAUGUCAGAAAGGAUUUAACACUAAAGAAAAGCAUAUCUGCAAUGAACCAUGCUAUCUAUGCCACAAAUGCCAUGACGACCAAUCAGAAGACUGGCAGUAUUGUUCCACAUGCAAUCGUCAUUUCAAGAACACGACCUGUUUCCAGCUUCACGCUGAACUGUCGUCUCAAGGCAAUUCCACGUGUCAUACGUAUUAUCGUUGUAGUCAGUGUUCUACCACAGUGAACAAAAACAAAUCGAAGCAACCGCACGUGUGUGGAAACAAAUACUGUGACACUUGUAAAAUGUUCAUGUCCAAAGAUCACGUGUGUUAUAUGAAAACCACGGCAGAGGAGGAAGCAACCAAGCUGUUGAAAAGAAAAAGAAAGAAAAGGGUCGAUGAAGAUGACGAUGUGAAAAAAUGGAUCUUCUUUUACUUUGAAUGCACGCAAGACGAGAUGAUUCAUUGCAACGACGGCUACCAACCACAACAGCAAAUCUACAAAGAGCGAAUAUUCAAGGGCCCCAAUACACGUGACGAUUUCUGUAAAUGGUUGUUUUCGGAGGAAAACGAAGAAUCGCGUAUUUUCUGUCAUAACUUUCGAGGGUACGAUAGCUUUCCUAUCGUUAGCUAUAUGUACGAAAAUGCCAUCUUGCCGGAGGUGAUCAUGAAUGGAUCGAAAUUCAUGAGCAUAAAGGUGCCUCACCUGAAGAUGAAAUUCAUCGACUCUACGAAUUUCAUUCCAAUGGCUCUCUCUAAAAUCCCAAAGGCUUUCAAUCUUUCCGAAUUGGCCAAAGGAUACUUUCCUCAUCUCUUCAACAAACGCGAAAAUCAACAUAUCAUCCUUGAUCGGCUCCCUGACAUGAACUACUAUAAUCCGGAAGGUAUGAUGCCAGACGAUCGUCAAAAUUUUAUGUUGUGGUAUGAUGAACAUAAGAACGACUCUUUCCAUUUCGAAGAAGAGAUUACCAAAUAUUGCCGAUCGGACGUGGAUAUUUUGAGAAGAGGAUGUCUGAAAUUUAGAAUGAUUUUCAUGCAGAUGACAUCCAGAAAUGGUGAGGAAGGCAUUGAUCCUUUUGCUCACUGUAUUACGAUUGCUUCUGCCUGCAACUUGGUGUUUCGGAAAUUGUUCUUAGAGGAAAGAUCUAUAGGUAUUAUACCACCACAAGGGUAUAGACCGAUGGACAAACAGUCCUUCAAAGCCAUGCAGUGGAUAAAAUACCAUGCUUUUCAAACAAACGUAGAGAUUCAACAUGCAGGCAAUAAGUGA